CGCAGGCGCGCAUGCUCAUUUGUAUAUAUAGCGCCGCCGCUUGUCGAUAAAUAGCGUUAGCGUGACCGCUGGUUUCUGACGGUUGAUCGUACUCACGACUUUUGUGUUGCGCAUUGCGGAUUGCGGGCUAAUUCGAAAGGAAGAGCCUCUAAAAAUCUCGAUUCUCGGCUACGGGAAAAUUCGGAAAAUAUGUUUCGUUUUUUCGUAGUGAUCGCCGCACUCUUUGUGCUGAUCGACGCGGACCGUUUUCAGAGAAUUCCAUUGUAUAGAAUUAAAUCUAUUCGAAAAACUUUGAAGGAAGUUGACACUGAUCUGACACAAGUUCGUUUAGCUACUAGCUCUACACCUGCAGAACCUCUAUCCAAUUAUCUAGAUGCUCAAUACUAUGGUCCUAUUUCUAUUGGAACUCCACCACAGACUUUUAAUGUAAUUUUCGACACUGGUUCCUCAAAUCUCUGGGUACCAUCUAAAAAAUGCAGAUUACUCAACAUUGCUUGUAUGUUACAUCAUAAAUAUGAUAGCAGAAGAUCCAGCACAUACGAACGCAAUGGUACAGCAUUUGCUAUUCAAUAUGGUACUGGUAGUUUGUCUGGGUUCUUAUCUACUGAUUCAGUUUCGGUUGCUGGCCUUACUGUUAGGAAUCAAACAUUUGCGGAAGCGGUAAGUGAACCAGGAUUAACUUUUGUUGCUGCAAAAUUCGACGGUAUCCUAGGAUUGGGUUACUCUACAAUAUCUGUCGACGGUGUAACUCCUGUCUUUUAUAAUAUGGUUAAACAACGUCUAGUGCCACAAGCCGUUUUUAGUUUUUAUUUCCAAAAUCGAGAUCCCAAGGCUGAAAAAGGUGGUGAAAUGAUAUUGGGUGGCUCCGACCCUGCUCAUUACGAAGGCGAAUUUACGUAUGUUCCUGUUACCCGCAAAGGAUACUGGCAAUUUACCAUGAAUGAAGUUAAAGUGAAAGGUCGAACAUACUGUGCUAAUGGCUGCCAAGCUAUUGCGGAUACAGGUACUUCUCUGAUAGCUGGACCAUCAGGGGAAAUCGCAGCUCUCAAUAGAGCUAUUGGAGCUACUAUUAUUAGUGGAGAAGCAAUAGUGGAUUGCAAACUGAUUCCUCAUUUGCCCAACGUUGAAUUCAUCUUCGGUGGUAAGAAAUUCAUUCUCACUGGUGAAGAUUAUGUCCUUCAGGUCACACAAUUUGGUAAAACAAUAUGUAUGAGUGGUUUUAUGGGUAUAGAGACGCGUGAUUCAUUAUGGAUUUUAGGCGAUGUAUUUAUUGGUCGUUACUAUACAGAAUUUGACAUGGAGAAUGAUCGAGUAGGAUUCGCUCCAGCGAAAUAAAUAUUGAUUGCCUUUUCAAAAAGUUAUCGUUAGAUUCUAAAAGAUCUAAUAUCUUCGUGAAUAAAUAAAAAAAUUUUUUUAGAAUAUCAAUUCUCAUGUUUAUUGCUUUGUAAUUUUUACUUGUGAUUAUCCAUAGUAUGUUAGGCAAAUAUGUAUGUGAUAUUUUAAAAAAUUAGAAUGAAGAUUUGUUAUUUUUAUCAAAUUUGAUAUAUAUCCUCUUAGCAUAGUAUUGUAUUAUUCCAAAGUGUAUUGGAUAUAACUAAGUCUAUUAAAAUAAAAUAUAUAUUCUUUUC